AAGGUGUGUAAGUGAUGCAGUCCUUUCACACUGCAAUAGGAUAUACUAAAUGCAUUUGAGCUUCUACAAAGGGAGACAAAGGAGAAAUAGGAAAAUUAGGUCCUCAAGGCAAACAGGGUCCAGCUGGAGUUGUUGGUCCACCUGGUAAGCAGGGCGUUACUGGAUCCCAAGGCUCACCUGGAAACACUGGAAUUCAGGGUCCGCAAGGUUUUCAAGGUCCACCAGGCGCAAAGGGUGAAAAAGGCAUCAAAGGGGCAAACGGUGAUGCUGGACCAAGGGGAUUGGAAGGAACAGACGGAAAUCCCGGUCCUCCAGGUCAUCCUGGCGUACAAGGUCCGCCUGGACAAAGAGGUCACAAAGGAGAACGAGGAUUUUCUGGCUUUAAAGGAGAACAAGGACCACAAGGUAUUGCCGGUCCAGAGAUGACUGAUGCUACUCUUCAACGUUAUUUUAAGCCCGUUGCAACUUUGCAAACAGAGGUUGAAAACUUGAGAAACAAAUUUGAAACAAUCAUGCGCUCGUUUAAUGCAUGCUGUAUUGAAGAAACCCCAGCUGCUCAUCUGUACGGUAGUGGCACCAGCGUUGCUCUUUCAAGCGGUACUCAUGUUACCUAUUGGUCAACUAGUACAUCACCUCCAGGUUUUCUUCGAGGAGGAACUGUCUACAAUAAUGGAUACAUUACGGUUCCACGUGACGGAUUGUAUUAUGUAUAUUCUCAAUUUUGGUAUGACCGACAGUCAAGCAGUCAUAAAUGGUGUUCAUUUUACAUCAAGUUGAACGACGGCAACUAUAUUAGCAGAGCUCGUCACUACCGGCAAAACCCUGGUGGUUACGACGAAAGUCAAUACACAGGAGUAACGGUUAUGCUGACAGCUAACGACCGGCUGUCUGUGACAGUGGGAGAUACGUGCUACUACGAAUUUUGCACAAUCGACACGGCAUUUUUCGGAGCUUUCUACAUUGGUUAACUCUUAAUUAAAACAUUCAAUGAAAGCAGUAUAGUCGCUGUCUCUCUCUAUGAAAGUGCGCGCACGUUUUUCUCUUUGAAUUACUAAUUGUUGUUACGUCCUAUGUCUGUGUG